AGUAAAAUAGCGUCAUACUGAAAUAGAUAGCAGCAGGGAGGCCGAGAGCGAAGGAAAGGGGCGAAGCUGUUCGACGGCAAUGGCGCGAAGCUCGGGCGAGGAGUUCUCGGUGGUGGUGCUGGCGUCGGACCUCGGCGUCGACGCCUGCUCCCUCCUCUCGCCGGCGGAGCGCCGCCAGGCCCGGGACGACGACGACGAGGUGUGGCACGACUGCCCGUCCAACCUGAUCGCCGCCGGGAACGAGGAUUUCUCCGAUCUGGAAGCCCUCCAGUUCUUCCACGUCCAGGGUUCCGAUAUGGCCGGCGACCGCAUCCUUCGGAUAGUCGGAAAGUACUUCCCAGCUCCAAUUAUUAACGGGGAGCGUUUGAAGAGGUAUGUAUUUUACAAACUAAGCACAGAACUGCCAGAUGGUCCUUUCUGCAUUGUAUACAUGCACAGCACAGUGCAGUCUGAGGAUAACAACCCUGGGAUGUCAAUCUUGAGGUGGGUGUAUGAGGAGCUUCCUUCUGACUACAAGGAAAGGCUGCAGGUUGUGUACUUUUUGCACCCAGGGCUCCGUUCCAGGCUGGUUUUUGCCACACUUGGACGCCUGUUCUUAAGUGGAGGCUUGUAUUGGAAAAUCAAAUACAUCAGCCGUUUGCAGUAUCUAUGGGAUGACAUAAAGAAAGGACAAGUUGAAAUUCCAGAGUUUGUGCAACAACAUGACGAGAUUCUUGAGCACAGGCCACUGACAGAUUAUGGCAUAGAGCCUGAUCAUCUACACUUAACUGAGGUGCCAGCUAUGGAGUAUUCACUUGGAAGAUUUGAAGAUAGAUGGGCAUCUAGGCCGUACAUGUGAUGCUGUUUUCUGGAAGUUCCUCUAUCAGCCUUAUGUAUAUAAACUGCAUAUCAUACUGUCGCUGGGGACCGCCAUCAUAACAAAGAUUAACAGGAUCAAUAAUUAUGUAAUGGAUAUUUUCUGUAUUUGCCAUUUUGGAAUCCAUCUAUGACAAACCUAAUAUGUGUCUUUUGUGGAUAUAUCCUCAUGUUUGAUAUUUUUGACAUUCA